GAAAUCAGUUUUCCAAUGCUGUUCUUAACCUUCCGUUAAAGCUUUCACAGUUUGCAUAAGGUCAUCGUAUUUUGCUUUUUUUGUUGUUCAGAUCGUACUGUUGUAAAUACAAAUGACGAUCGAAGAAAAGAACAUGCUCUACGGAGAAGAACCAGAGGAGGAGGAAGAAGAAGCUGAAGAGGAGGAAGAUGACGACGAUGAUGAUGAUGAAGAGGAUGAAGAAGACUUAGUGGAUCCUAUGGAUGCUGUAAGAGAGACAUGCGGUGGAGCACCUGCCUGUAAAAACUACCGAGAAGAACUGGAUGUGUGCACUGAAAGGGUUUCUAGCAGGUCAAACACUGAGGAGCAUUGUACCCAGGAACUUUUUGAUUUUCUACAUUGCUCUGACAAAUGUGUUUCCCAAACCUUAUUCAAGCAGUUAAAAUAGACAAAUUCCUGAUUGGUUCAAUAGUUGGAUUGGUUCCAUUUUCAUAUUAAUUUAAAUAAAUAAAAACUCUUCAA